AUGGAUACAAAUAUGGAAGAUGUAGGCAGGAUGUUCAGAGGCUUUGCGAUAAGCAAGCUAACCAAGAACGCGUUGCCAGGCACGAGAAGUAUUGCAGGACGAGUCAAAUGUACAGCCAGUGGUGAUUAUGUUGAUCGAGGUUAUUACUCAGUCGAAACCGUCACUCUCUUAGUCGCUCUUAAAAUAAGAUACCCCCAAAGAAUUACCAUCCUCCGUGGUAAUCACGAAUCUCGUCAAAUUACCCAAGUUUAUGGCUUUUACGACGAGUGCCUCCGAAAAUAUGGAAAUGCAAACGUUUGGAAGUAUUUUACCGAUCUCUUCGAUUACCUUCCCCUCACCGCCCUCAUCGACAACCAAAUCUUUUGUCUUCACGGAGGUCUUUCUCCCAGCAUUGACACGUUGGACAACAUCAGAGCUCUCGACCGUAUACAAGAAGUGCCACAUGAAGGUCCAAUGUGCGACUUGCUAUGGUCGGAUCCAGAUGACAGAUGCGGGUGGGGAAUAUCUCCUAGAGGGGCGGGUUAUACCUUCGGUCAAGAUAUUUCGGAGGCGUUCAAUCAUAAUAAUGGAUUAACUUUGGUCGCAAGGGCCCAUCAACUGGUCAUGGAGGGAUAUAAUUGGUCUCAAGACAGAAACGUUGUUACGAUCUUCUCAGCCCCCAAUUACUGCUACAGAUGUGGUAAUCAAGCAGCAAUUAUGGAGAUUGAUGAGCACCUUAAAUAUACUUUCCUACAAUUCGACCCUUGCCCAAGAGCUGGAGAGCCUAUGGUAUCACGUCGUACUCCCGACUACUUCCUCUAG